AGAAUUAAUCGAAAGGAAGCGUCAAAGGCAGUAGUAGAAAAGCACCGAGCGAAGAGAAAAAGAAAUCCAAGAGGGUGGAGUUUGGAGGAGGAAGGGGGUGGUGGUGGCCUGGUCGGUGGCGAAUUUGAGCCCUCUCCGCCGCUGCGCAGGUAUUGCCGUGUUAGCUGGUUAAAGUAGGAGGAGGGAAGAAUAUGGGCAUUUCAGCCAAGUGGAUUAAAUCACUUGUUGGGAUAAAAAAGCAUGAAAAAACCCAAACUUCUGAAAGCAGUGGAGUGAGGAGCUCUACUGCUCAAUUGCUUCAAAAGCAGAAGGAUUCGAUUGAUACCGAAUGUGCUGCUGCAGUCGAAGAACUUACAGUACAAACUGAACCAUUGGCAUGUGACACCAACAUUCAGACAAUAUCGAAUUUCACCUCUUCACCCAGUACAACUCUUCUAGUAUCUCAGACUGAACUGGAUACAAGGGAGCAUCACGCUGCAACAGUUAUUCAAUCUGCCUUUCGAGCAUUCUUGGCUAGGAGGGCUUUACGAGCAUUAAAAGGAUUAGUUAGACUCCAGGCUCUCGUUAGAGGCCAUGCUGUACGAAAGCAAGCAGCAGAAACACUUCAAUGUAUGCAAGCAUUGGUGAGAGCUCAAGCUCGUGUCAGAGCAAGACGAGUCCGAAUUUCUUUGGAAAGUCAAGUGACCCAAAAGAAGGCUCCAGAACAGAAUAUUCACGAGGAUCAUGUUUGGGAAAUUGAGAAUGUUAUGCAGGAACGAUGGUGUGAUGGUAUUGGCUCAGCGGAAGAAAUGCAAGCUAAAGUAUUAAAAAGGCAAGAAGCCGCUGCUAAGCGGGAAAGAGCAAUGGCAUAUGCUUUGACACACCAGUGGCAAGCAGGUUCCAGGAAACAGAAAGCAGCAUCUCUCCAAGGACUUGAGGUGGACGACAAUCAGUGGAGUCAGAACUGGUUAGAGAGAUGGAUGGCUGCACGCCCGUGGGAGAACAGAUUGCUUGAUAGUAAUGCCAAAGAGAGUGCUCCAAUUGGUGAUGAUAACCAUGGUGAUGAAAAUGAGGCCAAGGCUCCGAACAAACCAAAAGGAAAAGUGUCCAUUUCGGCCGUUCAUUCAAAUGGUUCGAGCAAGAAGAAAGCUGCAAAUCAUAAGAAGUCACAUUCCGAUGUAAGUGGUUCUUUGUCAGGGCAAUCUGCAGGUGUGCUACCCACCAAUUCUUUGGGAUCAUCCAAGCCAAAAUCAAAGCCAUCAGAUGAAAUCUCUGAGGAGGUUAAUUCUCAACUCUCAAAUUUGGCUUCCCGGUCCACAAGCAAUCCGAAAGAAAGACCAACGCAAAUCAAUGCUUCAUCCAAGAAGAGAUUGUCCCUGCCUAACAAUGGGACAGUAGGUGGAGGAGUAGGAAAAGGGGCGACCAACGGCAGGGCAAACCACUCCAUGAGCUCAAAGAAUGCAGCAAAAGGAUCAUCCAAGUUGGAACUAAAACAGCAACGUCCAAACCCUCCCAACACAACUGCGAAACGAGACAGUGAGAGUUAAUCCAUCACUCCCAUUUCAUUCAGGCUCUUGGUAAUAGCCCUUUGUCACUCAUGUGUGCUAGAUGUUGCAUCUGUGUAUAUAAAUCAACCAAAAGAAUCUUGCAUCUACAUUGAUGCCAAUAUGCCAUGCUUCAUGCUUCCAUUGUGCAAUAUUUAUAUCGUGUUGUAUCGGUUCUUUUUCUUUUUCACGCUUCUGUUAUCUUUCUGUAAGUUGUGUUCCUGCUACGAUAACCAGAGAACUGUAUGUGCAAAACUCUGUGAAAAUAUGCACAGUACAAUAAAACCCUCUUAUUUCAUGACAUGGUCUUCAGCAUCAGUAAUGAUUGGUG